CGCGCCGGGGCAGAGCCGCGCGGGCGGGCGGAGGCGCGCGCCGGCCGCAGGAGCUCUGGGUUACUGCCGCUCGCCGCGCACGUGCGGCCGCUGCAGUGCGCGGAGCUCACACAUCGCACCUGUUUUGUUGCCUCUUGACUGCCUGCACCAUGCACGGGCCGGGCUCCGCUGGCCUGGGCGACGCGCGCGCGGUUGACAUCAUGGACAUAUAUGAGUCAAUCCUGGAGAGGAAGCGGCAUGAUAGUGAGAGGUCUUCGUGCAGCAUCUUGGAGCAGACAGACAUCGAAGCUGUUGAGGCUCUUGUUUGUAUGAGCUCAUGGGGUCAAAGAUCCCAGAAAGGUGACUUAUUAAAGAUAAGACCCCUCACACCUGUCUCUGACUCUGGGGAUGUCACCACCACUGUGCAUGUGGAUGCCUCUGCACCUGAGCUACCAAAGGACUUCCAUUCUUUAUCAACUCUGUGCAUAACUCCUCCUCAGAGCCCUGAUCUCGUGGAACCAUCAACAGGGAUACCUGUUUCUUCCCAAGCAACUGAUUCCAAAGUACAAGUACGCAAAGUCAUGGCCAUGCCCCCGUCCUCUGCUUUUGCAGCCAGAGUGCUGAGCAGGAGGGUGGAAAGGGGCUUGCCAGGUUUGAAGCCAGAGCCACUAGAGCCAGCCCCUGGCCCCCCCUGCAGAGCCAUGGUGACCAGUGUGAUCCGACACACUGGGGAGACUCCUCUUCCCAUCCACUUUCCUACUAUUCAGACUUCAGAACAACAACUUUCUGACAACAGAGAAGGAGAAGCACAGUUUCUGGGACAUUUUGACACUUUGCAGAACUCAGGCCUCACAGAUGGUUUACUCAGCACUAACUCAGUGUCCUGUCAGCCUUGUUUGCACAAGUCUGGGAGCCUGCUCCCCACUGACAAAGGCCAGCAGGCAGGGUGGCCUGUUGAAGUUCAGACCUGCUCACCAAAGAAUUAUGAAAAUGACUUGCCAAGGAAAACCACCCCUCUCAUCUCUGUCCCUGUCCCCAGUCCUCCUGUUCUUUGCCAAAUGAUCCCUGUAACUGGACAAAGUGGCAUGUUAUCAACUUUUUUGAAGCCCCCUCCACAAUUGUCUGGGGGGACUGUCAAAUCCAUACUACCCCAGGCUGCUCCGGUGCCUCCACCUGUGCUGGUGGGACCUCCUGUGCCUCAGGGAGCUGUCAUGCUGGUUCUGCCCCCAGGAGCGCUCCCUCAGCCUGCCACCUCUGCCAGCAUCAUGGCUAUUGGGAAUACCAAGUUGUUGCCCCUUGCCCCUGCUCCAGUGUUCAUUGCCUCCAACCAAAAUUGUGCCCCUCAGGUAGACUUUUCUCGAAGGAGGAAUUAUAUUUGCAGCUUCCCAGGCUGCCGGAAGACCUACUUCAAAAGUUCCCACCUCAAGGCUCAUCUUCGUACUCACACAGGGGAGAAGCCUUUCAACUGCAGCUGGGAUGGCUGUGAUAAAAAAUUUGCUCGUUCAGAUGAACUGUCUCGCCACCGCAGAACUCACACAGGGGAGAAGAAGUUUGUGUGCCCGGUGUGUGACCGGCGUUUCAUGCGCAGCGACCACCUAACAAAGCAUGCCCGGCGCCACAUGACUACCAAGAAGAUCCCGGGCUGGCAGGCAGAGGUGGGCAAACUGAACAGGAUUGCCUCUGCAGAGUGCCCUGGCAGCCCACUCGCAACCAUGCCAGCUUCUGCCUGAAAGGUCGGCUGGGGCUUAACGCAGGGGAUUUUUAAAAAGCCUCUUUUCAGGAAUGGAACUGAUGGGUUCCUCUCCAAAAAAAAUGGUCUGGGGAGCUAGGGCACAGUUGGGGAGCUGGUUCUGAUGAAAGUUAUGUUAACUUUUCUUUUCUGGUUGGGACCCUGUUCAAUAUCUUUUGUAGUUUGAGAAAUUUUUUUUUAGGGAAAUGGAAGAAAAUUUGGUAAUUUGAAUCACCAGCAUUCAGGCAGACAUUUCGGCAAUAAAGUUUACAAAAUCUGGAUUUUUACAGUCUUUCUAUUCAUGUUUGAUAGAAAUAAGACAGGGUACUAAUUUUUAUACUAUUUUUUAUAAGAAUAUUUAUAUUGUUGGUGUGCAGAUCACCAAUUUCUAGAUAGAUGAUUUUACAACCUUCUUUUCUGUGUUUAAUAGCAAAGUUUUUAUAUGACCCUGGCCUUUAGUAAACUUGACACAUUGUUUAGCCAAAACCAAACAAAAUCACACAUCUGUUAUCACGACUUUUAGGUCUAAGAAUUUUUUUGAAAUUAGAACUGGCUGAAUAAGGGCCUCUUAAAAGAAAAGGGAAAAAUACAUUUUGCAGUCAACUUCUUCAUAACAUUUUCAAGGGAAAUUCCAAGCAACCACUCCUGUCGCCCAAGGAACUAUAGUUUUGGUUGACUUAAAGGUGGGACUUGUGAAGGAUAUACCCCAGAGAGUAGCUUACGCCACUGGGUGGACCCCAGCAGCAGCAACUGGUGCAGGAUCAUGCGUCUGUGGGUAAUGUCAGCUUUCAGGUUACUGCUGUGCUGCAAGCAAGCCAUUUGGUUUCCUGAAUUUUUA